AAAAGCUCUAACAAAAACUAUCAAUGGCACACAAAAAAGCAUACAGGUUAUAAAAAAGGAUAUUGCCAAUAUUAUGGAAAAACCAAAACUAUGUUGUACAGACACACAUUUGAAAAUAGCCUCCAUAGAGAGAAAAGUUGAUGAAGUUCAGUGUAUCACAGACAGGCAAAUGCUGUGCCUAUCAGACCGUAUAGCCAAACUAGAGGCACAUAUAAUGUCUCUACCACCUCCCCAGAUGUUGAGACAAGGAUAUCAAUUUCCAAGACCUCCAAGUAAUAUCCCGUCAGCUGCAUGGAUACCUCAAAGAGCCAUGCUUCAAGAUGUUCAGCUGAAAUCAAUGGAUCCAUCUAUACUACAUCUUAAGUCAACAAAUCUACAUGCAUCUACAGCACCCAUGUCAAAUUCGUCCUUACAAAAAAAGCCAACAGGACCACAAGUAGCUUUUACUUCCCCUAAAACCCCAACAGCACCACCGGUUGAUUUAGCCCCUCCAAAAACCCCAACAGCACCGCCAAUGGAAAUACCAUCACCUAAAACCCCAACAGCACCACCAAUGGAGUUAACCCCACCCAAUGCCGUAAAAACAGUCCUAUCAGUAAAUGAACAUUUUCAGUCACAGAUAUCAACCUCUAACCGAUUUGAGCCAUUAAUUGAAGAAUAUGAACAAACCCAAAAUCCAGAUCAGGGAAACAAAACUCAGGUAGAAACAGCCCAAGCAUCACUCAAAACCUCAACAGCAUCCAAAAAGGUAUUGUGGAUCGGUGAUUCCAGACUAAAGAAUGUUCAGAACAUUGACGACAAUAUAUAUGUGAUAAUAGCUAACUCUGGAGAUAGGAUCCAAGAUGUAAAUCGAAGGAUUUGCGAUAUGCUAUAUGACAACACCAUGUUCUCAGAUGUCAUCAUAGACUGUGGGGUUAAUAACAUAAGGUCUGAUCGUGACUCUCCUGAUAAGUGCAUGGAACUCAUGGAAAAAAUCAUCAAGGACAUUCAAAAAGUAAGUCCAAAAAUAAACAUCAUAAUUGGUGGAGUGCUACCAGUUCAAAAUGAUGUAAA